AUGGUUUCAAGCCCGCUUAUUGUGUUUUUCGAUACUUUUACUCAUAAUAGACUAAACCAGGAAAGCGUUGACUGUGUCAGGUUUAAAAGUGGGAUUGAACUAGUUAAAAUAUGUAUUCUUCCAUUUGGGUCUGUUGUUGAGAGCAACCUUUCUGAUGAACCACUUUUGGGAGCUACAAACCCAGCUUCUUUCGACAUUAAAAUAUACAGUAAUAGUCAGAUCAACUGCAUUGUAUUGCAGAAUGUUGUCAAAUAUCAAUUCAAUGAAAAACUGGGAAUUAAUACGAUUUAUUUCAAGAAACCAGUUCAGUCAAAUUUUCUGCUUUUCCGUGGUAUGUACUCGACCCUAACUGUGGCUCUCUUUGGUUUGCCUCCUAUGUCACUGUCAGUCCAGUCAUUAGCUCCAGCUACUAACCUUUCAAUUCCUCCUCCUACAAUUGGAAUUACUCUUGGAUGUGUUGAAACAACUACCCCUAUGUUCUAUGCUCCAAACAAAGUCCCAGAAAUCCAAACGGAACAAAAUUCUGAUGUCCCUACCACUUGGCAGCAGUGUAAUGUUCAAUCAAAUCUUCCAGAAAGCUAUGCGAAGACUGAAACACUGAAUAUCUGUUCAAUACAGUCGGUAACUGAUCCAACAUCUGUUCAUCCCAUAGUGGAGAAUGAAUUGGAGGAAAAGAUCGAUGAGCAAAAGACAAUGAACAUGGAAACGACUGGUCUUUAUGAAGAUGGCGAAAUCCAGGAUGUUGAUUACGAAGAAAUAUCCUCAAAUGAGGAACUAUUCUCUGAGAUUGAUGAUAGCGAAAAUUUGGAGAUUGGUGAUCAGCAGUCAAAUAUUGAAGAAGUCAAUGAGAUCGAAUCUCAAAUUUCCUCCUGUCAGUGGCGUUUCAAUCCAUUUGAUUUAAUAAACCAGUAUACCAAUGGAUUCUCUUGUGAAUUCCAUCGGAUUGCAGAUCCCACACUAACCUUAUUCGAGCUCCAUUAUUGGCUAUUAGAACGUGCAUCUAGUAAAGAUCAGUUGCCUUCAGAAAACGAAGUGUUUCAUCGGAAUUCUGAUGAAGUUGAAGUAGAAUCAAACAUAAAUUUGUUACCUCCUCCAGAUGACUGGACUGAUGCAAGUCAGUCUGCGGAUUUCCUUGUUACAAUGACGAAGAAAUAUUGCUCUGAAUCAAGCACUGGUUUUCAUGAGGAAUGGAUUGAUUCACUGGAUACCGUUAGUACUCAUUUGGCACAAGGCUUAGCUUUUUUGUACUGCACCGAUCGAAAUCUAUAUCAAGGUGUCACUGAAACGCUUUUACUAUGGGUGUACAGUGGUUUAAAUAUGGAUUUAGCUUUGAAUCAACCAAAUUCUUCAUACAUAGUUAAGCAUAUUACAGCCGGUGUGAAUUUCGCCGGUCUUAUGACUAGUGCGACCACUUCAGAAUUGGCUAGUGCAUUACUUUAUCCUACCACAGUACAAAAUGAUUGUGAUACAUGUACCACACAAAUGGAAGGCUUACAGGUUCAACAUAUUCUUCUGAAUCUUUUGGAAUCUCCUUUAAUAACAACACCACUGAGGCUUACAAUUUGUCGUGCUCUAGAUCAGACUACUCGAUUACCUAUUGGUCUAAAUGCCUUUUUAGGUAUAAAACCAGUAGAUUCUGACCAAAAGGUUAAUGUUAGGGAGGAUAUAAUGAGUUUUGAUUGUUUAUCGCCAAAAACCCAAACGAGUCCAAACGACGCAAAUCAAUCCACCGCAGUUAAAAUGGAUGACGAAGAAAAUGAACAGUGUAAUGGUCAAGUAAAAUGGGAUGAAUGUCCAAAAAAAGAACAAGUCGAUGAUGUACAAAUGCCUGAGAAUCCUUUUUCUUCCAAUAAGAUCCAAUCACCGUAUCAACGCUUCAUCUUUAUCGUUAGUGGUAGUAAAAACUCUCGUGUCACUGCGGCUUAUGAACGGUUGUUAAAUAAAGUGCACACCUAUGAACUCCUUUCCGAAUUUCGAAAAUCUGUAAAUCAAUUUCAGACUAUUGGUAAACAUCUCUAUUCGGAUAAUAAUAGCUUACCUAAACUCUUGGAGUUAGAAAACAUUUUAGUCAGUCAACUACGUAAAAUUACACAUAUAUUUCAAAAUGCUGAACAAGUAAUUGCAAACCCUCGAUCAUCGCUUCCGUCUCCAUUACUAUUAAAUGAGAGUAAACGCAUUUCUCAUAAUCCAUAUGCAGAUUUAUGCUCUAUGAUAGACUCUUGUGAUUUAAUCGAUUCAUUAACUCAGAUGACCAAUAAGAUAACUAACAUCAAUGAAGAUGUACUGCAAGAAAGUGGAUCAGAUGAUCUAUAUGAAGUGAAUAUUUCAUCUCUGGUCAUUCAGAUCCAAGUCUCUAUUCAUGAGUUAUUAUUUGCACUGUGUUCUCAUCCUUCUGGUCUUUUACUUUUGGCUUAUCGACCAGAAUCAACUAGUUUGUUAAUUAAAGCCUGUUUAGAAACCUUUUCCAAUGCUAUUUCAAAGGAUAAUAUGAGUAACAACAAAUCGUUUGCUGCUAAUUUCUUCGUUCUUGGUCUGGAAUUAACAUACAAAAUCGAAGCUUUACGUUAUCUUGACUUACUUAUUGAUUGGACGAGAAAGAAAGAGACUGUUUCUGCUGAUUUACGAUCCAUUGAAGCGAGUAUACGUGAUGCCUUAUUCGGACUGACCAGAUUGAUGCUAAAUUCUGUUGGACAAUUUCGCAAUUUUAUGAAUACUGAUUACUUCACUGAUAGUGGUGCUGAUGAUCAUCUGUCUAAUUUAAAGAAUGUGAAAGAAUUUGUUCUUUCAACACUGACUACAUCUUCACCAAUAUGGAUUGCUGAUUUAAUCGCUAUGGAUGAUUAUUUUGCUCCACUUUUAAUGUUGAUCGAAGCUUUGUCUGAACACGAUAUGGAUAUGAGAUGUGGAGGGAAUAACACAGUCAAGGCGUUGCCCAAAACCGAGAAGUCAAAGAGUUCGAAUGAUGAAACAAAACCAAGUACUCAACCAAAUACUGAUCAGUGCCUAGCAGAUGGUCAACUUGAACUAAACAGCCUAGUGAAUACACUGGUUAUCACUGUGUUGCGUCAUAGCGAAAAUAUAUCCUAUUUGGAUCGUUAUGGACCUCGUUUGGCACAGUUAAUUACUCCUCAUCAGCAGACUGAAAGUGUAGAGGAUAUCACACCUAUUGAUGUAUUUACUCAGAUGACUUCAUUUGCGCGAUUGGCAUCCAGUUAUAUCAGUUGGCUUCGUGAUGGAUCGUCUCGUUCGCAUGUAACCGGUGUAUUGAAUAUGUCACCAGAUUCACCCCUCUCACCUGAAGCCUGUUCAUGGUUAAUUGGUCAAUUACAAACAAUGUGUAAUGAGUUAAAUGAGGCAUUGGAUACACUUUUAGGUCUUGAAGUUGCUGAGGAUCUUCUUGCAGCACCAAACGCUUCUACAUCCCAGUUAACUUAUUCUGGUCGCAGACAAUCUACUACUCAGGUUGUCACAGCUGGUCGUUGUAUACCACCUAGCAUCUUGUUGAUAUUGCGUUUACUCCGUACUCAUAUACUAGGCUCAAGUCAUUCAAUUAUUUUCGAUCGUUUGUCUCACAAUCAUUUUUCGGAGCAACAGAUUAUUUUAUCUCGCACUCAUGUACUUAUCGAAAUCUUCAGCAUGAAUGGAUUAAAUACUUUCAUAACAUUAAUUCAAAAAUUGUCUGAUUUCUUCAUACUUCAACUGCAGGCCACCUUAUCCCAGGCAAAUAAUACAAUUGAUUUAAUAAGCAUAAACAGUUGUAAUAGCAAUGUUAGCUUGAUAUUUUCCAUGUUCGAUAAUGUUAUACAAAUAGUUGGUGCUGUAUUACGCACUAUAAUUCCGGUUCAAGGUGAUGAUUUCCAAGAUACUAGAAUUUUGCGUCCUUUGUUUCAUGCAUACGCUUGCACAGUUUUUGCUUAUUGUCCGCCUGGUCCUAAGGCUGCACAACUUGAAAGGAUCCGUGAUUGUACAAUAGCUGGUUUAUUGGCUUACACGCAUUCUGAGCUAAACAGAGUACUCAAUAUUCAAGAGAUAAACAAAUCCCUCUGGGUGUUAAUGCUGAAAGAAUUAAUUCAGUUCACUAUAUCAUCACCGUGUUUCUACUUACCUGGCCUAUUGAUAUUCCUUGAUUUGUUGCCUUUACCGUUGCCUAUAGUUACUGUUCCGUCAUCUUUCACUUCAGAUGAUGAGUCUAAGGUCAUUUUGAUAAAAUCCCACCGAGAUGGUUAUAUUAUGAAAUCAGUUCUUAUUUUACAUAUUUCUAGUUCAGUUUUAAUUUCUCCCUAA